AUGGCACAAGAAUUAGCCUCUGGUAAUCUUCAUCUCAAUGUUGACGAUUUCUACUUCUCAGCACUAUUUGAUCAGAGUGAUCAUGAAGAUGAAAAUGACCCAGUCUCAGAUUCCAGAUAUGCAGAAGAGUUGCAGUUCCAGGAGGCUCUAAUGUCUUCUUCGAUCGCUUCCCAAACGACACUCAAUGUUGGGUCGUCUUCCUCCUCUGCCACCGCCGCCGCCUCCUCCUCCUCCUCCUCCUCAUCAUCAACAACAAUAAUCCAAGCUUCCCAAGCAACCCAAUCCACCCCAAUUCAUGAAACCCUAAAACCAAUUCAGCCACAUAUCUUCUGUGGGAUUUGUGUUGAAAUGAAGGAGGCUGCCCAGAUGUUCAGAACUGAGAGCUGUGGCCACUCCUUUUGCUCUGACUGCAUAGCCAAACAUGCUGCCUCAAAAAUCCAAGACAACAUUCACAUUGUUGUUUGCCCAGGCUUGGGCUGCAAGGCUGUGAUUGAGCUUGAUGCUUGCAGGCCAAUGCUUCCCAGAGAGGUUCUUGAGAGGUGGAAUGAUGCCCUCUGUGAGGCUUUGGUUCUUGGGGCACAAAGACUUUACUGCCCUUUUAGUGAUUGCUCAAUGGUUUUGAUGAUUGAUAAUGAAGGUGAAGGUAUAAGAGAGUCAGAGUGCCCUGCUUGUCAUAGAUUGUUCUGUGCAAGAUGCCAAGUGCCAUGGCACCCAGGGGUUGAUUGUGAGGAGUUUCAGAUGCUUAAUGAGGAUGAGAGAGGGAGGGCAGAUCUUAUGGUGAAGGAGCUUGCAAAGCUGGAGAAAUGGAGGAGGUGCCCUAAGUGCAAAUUUUAUGUGGAGAAGACUCAAGGUUGUUUGCACAUUUCUUGCAGGUGCCAAUUCCAGUUCUGCUAUGGAUGUGGAGGAGAAUGGAAUUCUGUUCAUGAUGGUAGUUGCGUGAGAGAUUAA